ACCUCUCCCAUCUAAAAGUACAGGAUCUAUACCCGGUCUGAUCUGAGUGAGGUGAACAGCAGAAAAGUCAUUUAUCAGCUCCGGUUAAUUAAGUAGAUUAAAGUGCGAGAGGAGGGAGAGGGGUGGCACUCUAGAAGGCGGGGGAGGGGCCGUACUGACACAGUGAGGAGGGAGAGGGGUGGCGCUCUAGAAGGCGGGGGAGGGGCCGUACUGACACAGUGAGGAGGGAGAGGGGUGGUGCUCUAGAAGGCAGGGGAGGGGCCAUACUGACAAGGUGAGGAGGGAGAGGGGUGGUGCUCUAGAAGGCAGGGGAGGGGCCAUACUGACACGGUGAGGAGUGAGAGGGGUGGUGCUCUAGAAGGCGGGGGAGGGGCCAUACUGACACCGUGAGGAGGGAGACACGAGACACAGCAACCAACCCAGUUCUCUAGCGCUAUAGUAGUCUAAUAGGUUACUUAUCAUAUAUGAUUACGUAGUACCUGUGUUGAAUGCAUUAACCUGGGAGAAACGAGUUAAGCUAGCUAACGUUAGAUAGCUAGGCUAAUUGAGGCUGCAUGUGCUUUCUCAUCCUACACUUAACAAUUCCAACAACUCCAUUCAGAAUAUCACGUUGCAGCCGACCCGUUGGCUCUUGGUCGUUGUGGCCUAGCCUUCUCCUUUUAAUUCCAUCUUCCAUUGAUCAGAUAUCUCCUAACGGAGGGAGGCUUUAUGACUGUAGCCUAUUGCCACUUGACUUCUGACUGGCCAACAACAAGAUACACGCUCCGCUCUGGUGAAAAGCAAGAGCAGCAGCAUAAAUACAAAUCUCUCCCUCUGUCUACUACAGCAGUCUGGUUCAGAUCUGUACGGGCCCUUCAGACAACUCAGUUAAAAUUACACAGAACCAAGACCCGUGAAAAUCAUAUCAGAUCCAACCCAGAACAUUAUUUAGAAUUCUGGUACAGGUGGAUCCAGACCCCCUCGGGUCACCGGGUCUCGGGUACAGGUGGAUCCGGACCCCCUCGGGUCACCGGGUCUCGGGUACAGGUGGAUCCAGACCCCCUCGGGUCACCGGGUCUCGGGUACAGGUGGAUCCGGACCCCCUCGGGUCACCGGGUCUCGGGUACAGGUGGAUCCGGACCCCCUCGGGUCACCGGGUCUCGGGUACAGGUGGAUCCAGACCCCCUCGGGUCACCGGGUCUCGGGUACAGGUGGAUCCGGACCCCCUCGGGUCACCGGGUCUCGGGUACAGGUGGAUCCGGACCCCCUCGGGUCACCGGGUCUCGGGUACAGGUGGAUCCGGACCCCCUCGGGUCACCGGGUCUCGGGUACAGGUGGAUCCGGACCCCCUCGGGUCACCGGGUCUCGGGUACAGGUGGAUCCGGACCCCCUCGGGUCACCGGGUCUCGGGUACAGGUGGAUCCAUGAAGACCUCUAAUAUCAAUACAUUUGUAUAAAUGACCAAAGUUACGAUAGGAUUGCCAUAUCGCUUCUGUUAAUUAUCCUGUAAAUGUGUUUAAUAGUGGUGUGAUUGUUCCUGGGUAUCUGUGUAUUCAUUCUGUAUUAAUUCCGUCUGUCUGUG